AUGCCAGGACACACAGAACACCCCGAGCCGACGCCUACACCAGCCCCCAUAUACUGCGAAGAUCCUGAAGUCGUUUUCCCAGACCAUCAAAACCGAGGCCCUGUAAGCCCGCACUUAGACACGUAUUCACACACUGGACAGUCCCUCUCAGACGCCCUGCACUCCAGCUACGCCCCAACAACAAUAAACUGCCCCUCAGAACAACACUACCCCCAUCGACCUGACCCCAUCAGCCAAGCACCCGCAUACGAUGCGUCGCCAUCAACGACUGCUCCGCUCGACAAGGCAUACGCAGGCCAGCCCCUGCCCCAGUACCCGCACAUACAAGCACAGUUACAGCAGGGGCCGGGCUACCCACAGCAGUUCUACAUGCCUUCCGGCCAUCCUAGUGGGUAUGCCACGGCCAUACCGCUGCACUGUGUCCAGUCUGCACCUUGUCCGGUUGACUGUCCUGUUUGUGGAGAACGGGAGAUGACCAGUGUUGAGUCUGUGAGCGGUGGGACUACGCAUGGCUGGGCUGCUAUUCUUUGCUUUUGUUGUUGUCUCGGCUGUAUCCCUUACUUGAUGCCCUCGCUUAAGGAUGUCGAGCAUUUUUGUGGUAAGUGUGGUGCUAAGCUUGCGAAAUGGCAUAAUAGUGGCCGUGUAAAUAUUUUGAAGAAUGAGGCAAGGAAGUGA